AUGGCGCUCAUUCAGCUGCCCGUUGCGCAGGCAGUCUUCGGAGCGGCUCAUGCUGGCAUGGCCUUGGGCUUAUCGGCCAAGGCCAUGGGCAACUUGGUAGCAGCAGCGGCGCGGGGUGCGCUGCAGGGCGUGUCCGCCAUCUCGGCGGCGCACGUCGAGGCGUUUGAGACGGGCUCCACCCUCGACAAGCUGGAGGAGGCCCUACACGCCGUGAAGAAGGGGGCAGGGAUGGAGGCGACGCCGUCCGUCCCUGAGGCCAAGCAGCAGUUGCGGCAGUUGGGCAAGUCCGAGCUCGCGUCCAAGCUUGGCAAGCCCAGCAAGAUCCGCAACACCAUUGGGCACCCCCCUGCAGGCCUGGUGUGCGACAUUGCGCAGGCCUUCGAGGAGGAGAAGGAGGUAGGUAAGCCAUGCACUGUCUUCUCCACGGGCUGCCAGGAGAAGAAGUUGAAGGACAAGGUGAAGUCGAAGGGCAAGAAGAUCGUGAACGCGCAGGUCGCGGUCGUGGAGCCGCCGCCCAACCUCAUUGACAUCCUGCUAGAGAAGAGUCGCGAGGUCGUCGAGCUGAAGCGUCACCUCGAGCUCGCACAGGCGGUGGGGGCCCGCUAUUCCCCUAGCAUCGGCGUCUUCGGCAUCUCGUCGGUGUGUGAGUUCAGGUCGCCAGCGCAAGGGGCGCUGUGGCCGCGUGAAUUCACGCUCGGAGUGCGGAGGCUCGUGUUCCUCCUGCGCUCCGCCUGCUGGCUGCUCGGCGUCGCAGAGGCCCGUGUUUCUCCUGCGGCCGAGCAGCGCGACGAAUUCACGCGGAUGCGGAGGUACCACCGCCUGCCCAGGAAGCUCGAGGAUGACUACAAACGAACUGGCAAAAUCCUGGGAAUGGGAUACAGUGGCCAGGUGUUGUUGGCAGAGGGCAGGGAUACCGCCAAGCUGUGCGCGGUGAAGGCCUUCAAGCUGCGCGGCAUCCCCAAAGCGAAGAAGGCCACCCUCGAGAGCGAAGCCGAGAUAUUUCUCAGCAUGGACCAUCCGCAUGUUGUCCGGCUGCUUGACUGCUAUGAGUGUGAGGAGUUCCUGAAUCUUGUUAUGGAAUGCAUGACCGGAGGCGAGCUCUUGAAGCGCGUGGUGUCCAAGAAGAGGUUCUCCGAAAAGCGGACUGGGUUGGACCUCCAGUCCAUCGUGGCGGGCUCCUCCCAUGGGACCAGGCUGGGUCAGAUCUACCUGUGCCCCAUCCUGGAAGCCGCCCAGCAGGCCGCUGAUGGGGCCAGCAUCUGGUCUUACAUCGACGACACGGUCUGGCGUGCUGAGUGCCCCCGGGAUUUCGUGGAGCAGGUCAUCGUGGACGCGGGUGUCGCCCUCUUGGAGGGAUGUCCGGCCAGCCGCCUCGUCGUCUCCACCAAGACCGCCCUGGUCGCCUCGACGCCAGCACUUCGUAGGCGGGUCUGGGAUAGGCUGCGGCGCCGAGGAGUCCCCGGCCAUCAAGCCACCGACAUGGUCGACCUCGGGGUGGACGUCGUCACGGGCAGCCGCCGCGUCCAGCGGAAAGCGUCUUCCCGACGGGCACGGGCGGUUCGGCGAGCCGGACGUGUCCUCCGCCUUCGGCGCUCUGCGGCCAAGCUCGGCAAGCGCGGCUCCGCCUUCUUUUCCACGGGAGUGAAGCCGCAGUCCGUCUACGGCCACGAGGUGUGGGGCAUCGCCCCAUCCAACGUCACCAAGGGGCGGCGGCUUGCUGCUGCGGCCGCGGCGGGCAAAGGCCCUGGGCGCUGCCUGCGCCCGGCGAUGGCGGUCCUCUACCACGCAAAGGACCCAGGCGUGCAGCUCCGCGUCCAGCUGGUGCGGGAGUGGCUCGCGCAGUGGCUGAGUCAGCCGCAGCUCCACAAGCGCGCGCGACGCAUAUGGGCCAGCGUCCACCAGAAGCUCCUCCGCAGCAAGGGAGCCAAGUGGCGUAAGGUGUACGGGCAAGUCGCGGCGGUCAUCGCCACCCUCCUAGACGCUGGCUGGUCGCCCUUUACGGCAGGGCACUGGAAGCGGCCCACGCCCGCCGGGGUCGAGCAGUGGAUCAUCCCUCUGGCGGACGAGCAGGGCAGCCUCAGCCUCGAUCUCACGGAGUUCUCGGAGUUGCUCGAUGACCUGGAGCACGACCUCAUCCAGAUUAGGUGGAAGGAGGCAGCUCGGCACCUGCACGGAGGCGGCCUCGAGGACGGCGGCGACGUCUGGCUCGUCAAGCGGGGGCUCGACCACUGCGCGAAGGAGGGCAACUGGCAGGUGAGGGCCCUCAAAUACCUCGUCGUCGUCGGUGGGCAAUGGCCCCGCGCCCGCCAGGUGGAGGCAGGCCACCUCGGGCCUGACAUCUGCCGGCGCUGCUUUGGCGCGAGGGAGACCCUGGAGCACAGAAUCUGGACCUGCCCCUGCAACGCGGGCAAGCCAGCCUACGACCAGACCCAGCAUCUGGUCAGUAAGACCUUGGCGGGGGUCGAGGCUUGCCCAGCCCUCUGGCUCAGGGGCAUCGACCCCAGGGCCAACGCCAUCCCCGCGGCACCCUCGGACGUGGAGACCAUCCUCCACGACCUCUUCAUCUUCGGGGGCGCCUCUGGGGGCGCCCGCGCGGAGGGUCCGCGCCGGCGACGCGCCGGGGCGGCCAUCAACGCGCUGCGGGCAUUCAGCCGCGGCGCGGGGCGGGAGCUUGAGGCGGGCGCCUGGGCCCUUCUCCCCGGGCGCCGCCAGACUGCGCCGCGGGGGGGGACGUGCGCCUUCAUCAUUGCCCUCGAGCUCGUGGACUGCGGUUUCGCUUUCGUCACUGACCACAAAGCCCUGCUCACGGCCUGGGAGCGAGGCCGAGCCCGGCGCGCGGGCAAGGGCAAGAACGCCGACCUCUGGGCCAGGAUUGGCCGCGCGGUCCAAGCUAGACCGCGCAGGCGGGUCCGCCUCGUUUGGGCCCCGCCCCGCCAGGGCGACGACGACGAUGAGCCCAUCGUGAACGUCUACCUGGCCGCCGGCAACUGCUGCGCGCUGCAGGGCGCCGCCCAGUUCAUCGACUAUUGGGACGUCGUGGGCUGGCAGAUCCGACGACGGGCCAGGCAGGCCCCCAUGGGCGCGGCCGGUGGCGACCCAUGGCUAACGGAGAGGCCGGCGGCCAGAGCGGCCCCGAGGCAGACGGCCCUUCAGGAGGCCAUCGGCUCCUCUCCUCAUCAGCUCGCGGCUGUGGGAGCCCAGUGGAAGUGCAUCCAGUGCCGCGUCUUCUGCUCCAAGUCGGACCUCCACGACUUCGCGGCCGCGGAAUGCCGCCGCGUGGCCCAGCAGAUCGUCGCCCGUGAUCAGGCACUGGCUGCGCCGCACCUCGCCCGUGUGCCCAUGGGCCAUCAGGAGGUCCACCCUUCCCACGACCUCCACGAGUGGCCGCGUUUCUCGCUUUUCUUCUGCAUGGAGUGCGGAGCCUACGGCACGGUCAUAGGCAGAUCGCUGAGGGAACGGUGCGACAGGGCCCCCACGCGCAAGCAAGGGGAGAUGCUGCGCAGGAUCCUGGACGGGCGCCACCCGUCCUACCAGGGCCCCCCUGCGGCCGCGUUGCGGGCCUUGGAGGUGGAGGCCGCCGCGGAUUUUGUCGCCCAUGGGGGCCUCGCCCCCCGCGAGCCGGCCGCGGGCGCCCCCGCGAUGCACGGCGACGCUGCCUUCGCCGAGGUCCUCCGCCAGCAGGCUGCCGACGCCCUCCAGCGGGAGCAGCGGCGCAUCCGGGACAAGGUGGCCUACCUCCUCGCAGCGGCCACCUCAGGCUCGGCGGAGGCGGCGAGGCAAGGUGGCGCCCCCAGGCGCACGGCCAGGUCGAGGUCGCAGCUGCUCUUCCUGGCGCCGGGCGUCGCGGCGGCGGCGGUCCAGGCGCAGCCCGCAGGGUCUGCCGGGCGCCCGCGGGCGCGCUGGGCGGGGCGGCCGAGCGCCUCACCAGCCGGUGAGAUCGGGCUUCGGAUGCACCCGCAGGGCUCUGAUGGAGCUGCCCGCAGGGGGUCGGCACAGCAGGCGCAGAUCGGAGGCGUCGGUGCGCUGUGGGGCCCCCAGCCGCUGGAGCUCCCCUGGCAGGGCUCGCGGCUGCCCCCGCAGGGGCGGAUCAAGCUCGAGAAUUUUUUAUACGAGAGCGAGGACUCCGACCACCUGAAGCUCAUCGACUUUGGCUUCAGCAGAAUCUUGUCGCCGAACAUAAAGCUCCACCUGAGCUGCGGGACCCUGGCCUACAUCGCGCCUGAGGUCCUCCGCGGCAGCUACACGAACCAGUGCGACAUGUGGAGCCUCGGGGUCUCUGUUUUUAUUUUGCUCCUCGGGUACAUGCCGUUCCAAGGCAACGCAGAGAAGCUGCAGAUGAACAUCAAGGUAGGGAAGUUCGCGAAGAAAAAGAAACAGUGGGAUAGCAUUAGCUCGAGCGCCCAGGACUUCAUCGAUAUGUUGAUGGUUGUGGACCCCAACGACCGGCUCACCGCCAAGCAGGCCCUCCAGCACCAGUGGAUCGAGAGGAGGAACCACAUGAACGACGACAUGCACGACGUCGACCAGGGUAUCGCGGACGCGCUGUCCAACUUUGGGCAAGCUUCAAAUCUACGGCGCGCCUGUAUGUCGAUGAUGGCCUGGUCUUUGACGAACGAUGAGCGCAAGCAGGUGCGAGACGCUUUCAUCGAGAUAGACACAGACAGGUCUGGCACCAUCACCGUCGCAGAAUUCAAGACGGUGCUGCAGGACAAGUUCCACAUUGACGACGAGCAUGUGGCAGCGGCUUUUGCGUCCCUGGACACGAAUCACGCGGAGGAGAUCCAUUACUCUGAAUUUCUGGCGGCAAUGGUGUCGUCCCGCAUCCAGCUCCACGAUGACCUCCUCCGGCAAACAUUCAGGCGCUUCGAUGUCGACAACAAUGGCUACAUCACGAGGGAAGAGCUGGCGGAGCUGCUCGGCGAGGUGUACGAGGGGCAAGACGUCUCCAAGCUGUUGGACGAGGCGGACUCAUCUCACGACGGCAAGAUCGAUUACAACGAGUUCAUCCGUUUCAUACAGGAGGCUGGCGGGGAGCUCCACCUCGAGGCCGCCGAGAAGCUCAUUGACCGCGCCCAGACAGAGGGCGACAACGUUCACAAGGCCCCCAUCCUGAAGAAGAAGGGUCCUGUUCCCACUGUUCAUGUUCCCGCGGCCUCAGAGGCAGCAGAGACAGUGCGUAAUGUGAGCGAUGAUAUCCGCGCCCCCCACGUGAAGGGAAAUAAAGGGCAGAUAUGUUGCACCUUGAUGUGA